AUUCCAUCUGUCUACAGAAAAGUCUCUUGAAAUAUUAAUAUAAUAAUACAAAUGUAGAAUUGUAGACACGCAGCUGCAGGUCACAUUCCAGUAAUGCAAUUUAUAGUCUAUAAGCUAAUGCAUACGUUUAAUACGUCAUGCUUACUUAUUUUUGUACAAUAGCAGAAUUUUGUUACAUAUUUGCAAAUAUGUUUUCCAUUGACAGCAGGCGACAAAAUAUUUUGCAGGUGCAGAAUGGAAAUCCUGGCAGGAAAUAGCAUAUCGAGCUCAAAGAUCUUCUAAUAAAAAUUGUCAAUAAUAACGCUUGGCAGGUCGACGUGAAUUAUAUGGAUUGGAAAUACGAUUUGAUACUGGUAGGAACUAGGAAUGAGCAUAUUUGCAAAUUUUUGCAAUUGAACUUGUCCUCUACUGAAACAGCCCUGUAUAGAAAUCUAUCCAUCUAUAUGCCAUAUACAUGGGUGGUGAUUAUGAUUAUUCACGUCCAUGCAGAAAUCUGUAUACCACAAGCACGUCAGAGACGGAAUAUGUAUGUUAAGUUAAUAGCGUACUAUUUGGCACACCCGUCAGAAUAAAUGAGGGCCUGGUAGAAUAAUGUUCCAUUAAACUACGUUGUGAUAGCUGCAAAAUUAUUACCUUCUAAUUAUUUUAUUGUCUUUGUAAAGCAAAAUGAUACACAACUGCAUGGGGUAGUUACGUCAGGUGUGUGGGUUACAGGGUUCCAGAGACCUUAGAAUUUGGAAUUGGAGAACACGAGUUUGGCAGGAAAUCAUGGGGCUGGAUCCUCACUUCUCCAAAACAAAAUCCAAAUCGUCAAUCUCAACAAUUGGGAAGACUGACGUAUUUUGGGACAACGUUAACCAGAAUCAGAAUCAAGAAUGUGAAGAAAAACCGUCCAUUCUGGAGUUUAAUAUUUUCAUUUCAAACUCUGGAGAUCUGAUUUCUUCCAGAGAUCUCGAUCCUUGCAUUCAUUCUUUCCGACGACGACGAACAAAUUCCGUGUAUGAGAUUCCCGUGCAGAACUCUUUACUGGCAGCGAAGGAAAUAUACGAGGAAUGUUUGGAGCUAUCUCUCAACAAAAUCUCAAAGAAAUCCGUGAGAUUCAGCGAGGACACAAAUUUUAUAGAACGCAACAUGAACCGUCCUUUUUGGAAAGAGCUGGCCGAGAGAAAAAUCAGACGGAAAAUAUUGAGAGAACAACGUCGACGGAGACAGCAACAACGAUCCAUGACCUUUUUCGACAUGCUGAGACUUUUGUUUGCUUCAAAGAAACACAACUCAGCCAAUCCCGCAAACGGACAGAAUCUCGGUGGCGAAAUGACCCAAUCUCAUCUUCUUCAAACUCUGCAGCAUUCUGCUGAAGAUCUAAAUUCCAGUUCGUUUUCUGAGACGCCCAUUUUCAUCAACGAAGUGGACACUAAAAAACCCACGGAAUUAGAAACGAGAAAAAAUUCCAAAGUGCACAAAAUGCUCCGAUCGAUGCAAAUGUGGUGGAGAGCCGACAGUAACGACUUACCCAUUCAACAAAUGCAGAUUAAUUAAUAGUUCACUUGGACAAAGACUGAGACCUCGUAAAUUAUUGUGAUUCUCUUGAUGACUAAUUUUACAGUUUAAAUAAAAAAAAAACGUUUAUAUAACGAAUUACUCCAUUAAUUUGGAUUACAAAUUUAUAUUUGAAAAAUUAAUUGUGUUUGAUAAUAAUAAUAAAUAUA